AAGCAGCUAGUUUCCCCAACGGUCGCCCUGCGAUUUUACCUCGGCUCAACCUGCGCUACCCCAGAAUCCGACCACAUUUUCGAUUUACCCCCUCAUUCCUUCCUCCUUCAACUCCAGCUUCCUGCCAUUGAUUCUGCAUCCACCAUCAACCCCCCAUACACUUGCACCACGAUGUCGUCGCAAUCCUACACCUACGAACGCUUCAACAUCACCUUCCCGCCGGACCACGAAUAUGUCGCCCACGUGGAGAUCAACCGUCCUUCCAAGCUAAAUGCCUUCAUCGAAGCAAUGUGGCUCGAACUCUCCUCCAUCUUUACGCGCCUGUCCACCGACCCAGCCGUCCGCGCCAUCGUCCUCACCGGCGCCGGCCCCAAAGCCUUCACCGCGGGUCUGGACGUGCACGCCGCUUCAGAGGGCACGCUCUCCACCCCCUCGUCCACCGACCUCGACCCCGCCCGCAAAGCGACGCACCUCCGGCGGCACAUCCUCGAAUUCCAGCACUGCAUCUCCAGCCUCGAAAAAUGCGAGAAACCCGUCCUCGUGGCGAUGCACGGCUUUUCGCUGGGGCUGGCCAUCGACCUCAGCGUCGCGGCGGAUGUGCGCGUCUGCACGGAGGACGUGCGCUUCGCCGUCAAGGAGGUGGAUAUCGGGCUCGCGGCGGAUAUCGGGACGUUGAGUCGGUUGCCCAAGGUGGUGGGGUCGUUUGGGUGGGUGAAGGAGGUGAGUUUGACGGCCAGGGAAUUUGGGGCCGCGGAGGCGCUGCGCGUCGGGUUUGUGACGCACGUGUUCAAGGAUAAGGAGGCGGCGGUGCAGGGGGCGUUGGCAUUGGCGAGUCGAAUGGCGGGGAAGAGUCCGGUUGCGGUGCAGGGGACGAAGGAGUUUUUGAAUUGGUCCAGGGAUCGGAGGGUUGAGGAUGGGCUGCGGUAUACGGCGGUCUGGAAUAGUGCGGCGCUGCAGACCAAGGAUGUUGAGGCGGCGCUGUUGUCGGGGAUUCAGAAGCGGAAGCCGACUUUUGAGAAAUUGUAGCUCGUGCAAUCGAGGUGUACCUUAGAUUUUGUACUGCUGGCAUCGUUAGAAGCUGCUUGCAUAAGCUUUGCGUCUCCGGAACGAAAGUAUUGCUAAAGACUCAAGUGUGAGGUGAGAAAGCUUACUGUAAAGGCUGGGACUUAUUCAUAAAAUCAAUUCGAU